AGUGCACCACCUCAACUGUGUACCGAACUCCGAGGCUUUAACGCGCGUUACCGCCACAAAAUCAAUGAUUUUGAAGUCUAUGGGUAUAGUAAAAUUGUCGUAAGUUUUGUCGUUAGGCGCUUGUCGAGUCUUCCUCAUAGCGCACGCGCGCCACCGUCUCAGGGAAGACGCAAAAGGCAAUCGAGAGUUACUCACGACAACGAAAGAAAUGCGACCGUUAUUAGACGGGUUUCUGCAAAUCCAUCCAUUUCCGGUGAGCUUCGGUCUACGGACAAAGCUCAUGCCUCUUUCUCCGAUUUGCAAUUAAACAACGACGUAGUGGAUGCAUUGCGAGCUAUCAAUGUGAUCAAGCCAACAGUGAUUCAGAUGUUGUCCAUACCAAAGAUCUUGCGAGGCAGGAAUGUCAUCGUAUCAGCUGAGACGGGAUCUGGUAAGACGCUGGCGUAUCUGGCUCCGUUAAUUAGUUCAUUGAGAGAUGACGAAGUGCAUCGUGGCUUUGUCUCGAGAAUCAAGAGACCCAGAGCUGUCAUUCUUGUGCCCUCACGAGAGUUGGCCAUUCAAGUUUUGGCUGUAGCCAAGUCACUGUGUCAUCACGCAAGGUUCAGACCAGUCGGAUUGUUUGGAGGGUUUAAGAAGCGGUUGUUGAACGAGUCACUUCAGACUCCGUGUGACGUUGUCGUCGGAACUCCAGACAUGGUGAGAAGGCUUCAAGCUAAAGAGAGUAUCUACAUGACAGACGUGUCACACGUUGUUAUUGAUGAGGUUGACACGAUGUGGGCCGACGACUUCAGACCAAGUAUAUUACAUAUUCUGUCACUAUUGAAGGUUCGAGAUGAGAAACCACCUUUACCUCUAUGCCUCGACGAAGGGACACAAGUGACUCUAGUCGGGUCGUUGUUGCCCUCUAGAGUGGAAUCGCAGAUCGAAGAGACAAUUCCGAAGUUGAAAAAGGCAAAGAGUAAGAGCUUGCACACGCUGAUGCCACACGUCGAGCACUGGUUUGUUCGAGUUCGUCCAGAAGACAAAGCAGAGCGGCUUUUGGAUAUAAUUCGCCAUAGACCACGUGACGUAGUCAUGGUAUUCUGCAACACGGUGUCAAGCUGUGACUGGGUUGCUGCAUAUCUAGCAGAGAAUGCCAUCUUUCCUAUCAAACUGCAUGGAAGCGUGUCGUCAUUGGAACGGAGCGAAAGACUGAGACUGUAUAGAGAGGGUCGAAGCAAGGUGUUGGUGUGUACAGACGUCGCUUCACGAGGCAUCGACACGAAGUUUGUAAAUCAUGUGAUUUUGUUCGAUUUUUGUCUCAAUGUUGCUGAUUAUGUUCAUCGAUCGGGACGAGUUGGCAGAGUCGGUGGGCUGGAAGGUUGUAGAGUCACGAGUUUGGUGUGUCGUAAACGUGAGUAUGCUCUCGUUCAAAACUUCAAGGAAUCUGCAGAGAUGAAUGAGGCUUUGUCUUUGACUGAAACAACGAGGCAGGCACGACGGACAAAACGGACCAGUAGAGUCAAAUCAAGAUAAUAAUUAAUUAAUAUUAAUUAAUUAUUGUACGCUUUAAUUAAAAAUUUACGAAAAUG